AUGAUCCCUCGAAAGCCAGGGCAAGGACCAAGCUGGGCGUCUUACAAGGCUCGGAGUUGGCUGGAGAAUAUGCGAGCCCAGAUCGACUACGGACGGUUCUCAGGGUCUGAUAUUGACGCUGAGGAUUAUGUCAACGUCCUGCUUUCACCCGCUCGACCACGCAGAAGCCCACUUCGCCGUCGGCCGCCGCAGCCGUCCGCACGGCCAAGGCGUGGUCGCCGAGGUCCCGCCCCAGAAUUGGCGGUCUUCCAUGCGCAAGAUCCGGUGUGGAAUGGCGACCUCGACGCUUGUGCCUUGACCGACCGCGAUAAGGCCACCCUGCGCGAGUUCUGGACUAAGCUUGACAAUGACCAGAUGGAAUACUGCAGCCGAUGCCGCGAGUGUUGGUUUCAGAUGGAAAUAGAUUAUGACGGCAUUUGCUCGCGUUGCUAUCGAAAGGAUGAGAAGCGUGGCCCCGACGAACCUUAUUUCUUCUCUGCCGAAAAUCAACUCGACUUUGGCCCUGUGCCGGCCCGAUUGCCUGAGCUUACGCCUACUGAAGAGUCGUUGAUCGCUCGCGUGCACGUCCACGUCAAUAUCAUGCUGGUGCGGGGACAGCAGUACAAGUAUCGGGGGCACGUCGUUCACUUUCUCCGCGAGGUUGGCUUGGUGUACAACCAGCUCCCGCUUCUGCCGCGGGAGUUGAACACGGUGUUGCUGCGUCCUGCCAACACGUCGUCACACGCCAAUCUCAGUCGGCAAUUCACCCGCCAGUUCCGUGUGCGCCGCCAGGCGGUUAUGAUAUGGCUUGACUACCUCCGCCAUCAUCAUCCUGGCUAUCGAUGCAUCGUCAUCGACGAAGAGCGACUGAGCCAACUGCCCGAGGACGGCAAUGCGGUGGAUGCCAUCCCCCAAAGUCAGGUGGAGGCUGCCGAUGUGGGACCGGAGGAAGAUCAGGAGGCAGAGCCUGAGCUAGAGGACGCGGCUGCGGUGCCUGACCUGUUGGCCAAGGACACGGAGCUCGAUGCUCUGCGGUCUGUUCUCGCUCCCAGGGCGGGGCAGCACGGGCUGCGGCUGCCGAAUAUACGGCACACGCCGAUCAAUGAGUUCAAUCGCUCUCAUGCCCUGCUCUCCUUGGCAUUCCCCUGCCUCUUUCCAGACGGCAGAGCCGACUUUGUGGAACCUCGCUUGCGGUCAAUUGAGUACAAGGAUUACAUCGAGCACGCGAUGCGGUGGCACGACGGCCGUUUUGCACGGCACCCGACCUUCCGUUUUGUCGCGUUCAACACUCUGAUGCGGUCCCAAGCACGCGCGCGGUCGAGAUUCUUCGUGAAGCAACAUGACGGCACCCGCGAACAACUCACGCGAGAGCAGCUUAUUCAGGCACUUGAACACAGCGAAGAUCCCGAGGCGCAGGCGCUGAUCAACUCGAUCACAAGAAAGAGGCAGGACCUCGAGGCGUAUGCAUACAGCCUGGGCUGUCCUGGCGCAUUUAUCACAUUCAGCCCAGCCGAUUUGCACUGGCGGAGCCUCUACCAGCACAUGCCCCGAUAUGGAGAAUGGCUGCGCGUUUCCGAGCCGGAGAGGAUGGCAUUGUCGCGGUACUUAUUGCGACAGAACCCUCACAUUGCUGCUUUCCACUUCUACCGCCGAUACUGCUUCUUUCGAGAUAUCGUGUUGCGGAAGAAGUUCAACGUCACGGAUUACUGGGAUCGGUACGAAUGGCAAGGGCGUGGUAGUCCGCACAACCACGGUCUGUACUGGAUGAAGGAGGGCCCCGCCGCCGACAUGGAGGACGAAGCCGCUCGAGACCUGUUUGCACGCACGUGGGGCUUCCACAUCACGGCCGUGAACCCGGAGCCCCAGCUGGCCGCGGUCAUCAGGAAGGAAGGCAAGUCGUACUACAUCUUCGAGGCGGCCCGCAACGACAGCCUUAUGAAUCAUUUCAACCCUGCCAUCAUUCUGGGAUGGCUGGCCAACAUUGACAUAUCUCCAUGCACCAGCUUGCAAGCAGUCAUUACGUACGCUGCCAAGUAUUGCAGCAAAUCGGAGAAGAAGACAGAGCCUUACUGCAGGCUGGCGGAUCAGGAAGGGACUCGGAUGGUUGUGUACGUCGACUGCCGCCCGUCAGAGCAGCAUGCACGGUCCUACCGCGUCGAUGAUGAUCUGUACAAUCUCAAGACAUGGAGGAGACUCGGUGCGAACGCGAAGAAGAGGUUGAUGAUGGCCCAUCCGCACCGCGCUCCGGAGGAGUUGCUUGCUGUGGACGGGCAGCUGUGUGAGUCCUUUGUUGCGGCGUACCAGUGCUGUCGGCGGCGACACCAUUUCCAUGAGGACGACCAUUACGGGGAGGUGGGGACAAACGAGCUCCAGGCGGAGGACGAUGAGUUUGUGCAGGAGGACCGUUCCCAGUUGCUACUCCAUGUGGAUGGUGGCGGGAAUCAGAUAUCAGGCACUACUUUGCACUCGCUGCUUCACCUCCCGAUCAACAAGGACUUCAGGCCGCUCUCCGCCAUCGACAAAGCCCAGCUCCAGAAGAAACUGAAGGAUAUUCAGUACCUAAUCAUCGACGAGAAAAGCAUGCUGGGACUGCGUAUGCUAUCCUGGAUUGACGACCGUCUCCGCGAGGCAUUUCCGCAUAGGAACGAGGAGUUCUUUGGCGGACUCAAUGUCCUUUUGGUGGGCGACUUCUUCCAGCUUCCUCCUGUUCUACAGAAACCGCUAUACUACGACAAAGAGGUGCAGGAGUAG